UUUUGAAAACAAGGGACAAAUAUUUCAAAAUUAUAGAAGCUAAAAAAUAAAUAGAUUUUUCUUGUAGCAUAUUUUGUUUAAAAAAUGACCUCAUUUCAUUCGAGGAUUUUAUAAAAUUUAUCAUUGAGUGAUAUUGAAGUUGAAUUAACGUGUAAAGGUAUGUAAGUAAAAAUGUGUUGAAAUCGUUUUUAAAGACAUCUAAAGGUUUAUAGAUUUAAUUAUAGACAAGAUAUUUAAAGAUAUUUCUAAAAGUAUGUACUCUCGUUAAUAUCCUGAAUACCAUUUCUUACAAUAAAUGUCGAAUGAAAGAUAAUUAACGAUUAAUAUCAAAUUUACGCUUAGUAUCAACGGUAAUCAUCAAAUACGAUAACUAUCGUAUAAUCCUAUGACCGGAACAGCCUGGGUGGAACGGCCAGAUUAGAACGGUGGAAUUAGGCCCAUGUCCAAGGGCGUGAGUUCGAUCCCAGCCGGCCGAAGAUUCCCCGUGUAGUAAAUGGUGACUGGUGCACGUUUAAAUUUGUCGGCUCACAAAGUCUUCCAAGUUCCCAUAACAAAUCAAUACCUCUUUGGGCACUGAAUUGGAGAUUGAUCAAUCUGUGGAUGAAGGAAUGGAACGAUCUGUGGAUAAUUACGAUCUCUGAAUGAAUGAAUGGAUGUAUGAAUGAGUCCACCCUUUAAAUGGGCGUGACGAAUGGUGUGGCAGAAGUCGAAUUCUUGGCCAUAGAUGGCUCCAUUGGAAAACAAGAACCAUCACACCACCUCUGCCUUAAUGGCAGACGACGACGACAACAACAACAUCGUAUAACCCAGGAAACAUAAGGAUUCCAUCUUAGAAUGUAAUAUUCUUUCCUUGAGGUCAAAAGUUAUUAAACUGUUAUAUCGCGUUAUUCUGUUCUAGGCACAUUAUUCCGUUCUGAUCAAAGCUUAAAUUUACAUGCAAUUCAAAUGCCAUGAUGUGAACUUUUUACUCAGUUAUACGCAGUUCACGGUGCUCUCUCUCUCUCUCUCUCUCAACUUCCUUUUACUGAUAUCAUUUACUGUGUAUCUGACGCUUACAUUCAUGUCUAUUUUUAAUUUGGACAACCUUUAUAUGAAAAUAAUCAAAAUAAGAGGAUUGAAUUUUAAGUGCCAGCGUUAUAAUUCAGAAAUGACUUAGGUUUUCUAUUUUUGUGUAUGCUUUAAAUUGAAAUAAAUACUUUUUCUCUAUUUAGUGGGCUGGCAAAAGUGAAUAUUAUUGAGAGCAAAAUAUCAACACUUAUUUUUCUUGUAUACAUUUCAUUUCAAAACAAAAACUAAGCAAAGUUGUUCUUUUGCUUACACUUAAGCGAUUGAUAUUAAACUCGUUAUUUAAAUGGGAAAUUCAGAAAGUGGUUUUCGUGAGCCUCCGAAAGAAUACCUUCGUGAGAUAAGAAGAGAAACGAACAUACGCCUCAGGGAAUUCGUCACCUCUAAAAGAAGACACAGUUCAAUAAGAAUCCUGAAAAGAGAUGAACCGUCAACAGAGGUAAGAGGAUUGACUAAAGAGACAGUUAAAAAAUUUAUCAUCAGCCACCCCGAUUUUCUUGAUGAUUUCGUAAAUUCUCAUGUAUCACAAAACAGAAUUAGAGCUUGGCUCAAAUUAUCUGUAAGCACCAUAACAAAACCAGGUGAUGAGCCAGUUGAUUCUAACAGUAACGAAGAAUUUGCAACUGAAAUCGUGGAGCGAAACUUUAGGCAAAGGAAAGUCUUGAUCUUGACACGAAACCACCUCUCAUACCCCUUCCGAUUUCGCUUGGAAGAAUUAAGAAGCUUGAUUGACCGUCCUAUCACCCAGGAAAUAAACAGCUACCCCGAAAUAAAUAGCUACCUCUUCCCCUAUACAGAAAUCAGCACCGAUGACAUAAAUCGUGUGUUUAUUAACAUGGCUAUCCAGCUAUUCGGACCGCAUGGCUUUCCAUUGACGGAAUUGUGCUAUUUCCUAUCAACCCUGAAAGUCAAUUACUUCGAUGUGGAGUACCACAAUUAUAGUCAUGCCUUGAGUCAUGCUCAAUCUAUGUUCUGGAUGCUGAAGAGGAACCCGGGUGUGUUCACCGAGGUUGAAAUGAAGGGACUCAUGAUCGCAAGUAUUGCUCACGAUGUGGGACAUUUUGGUGUAAACGAAAGGUAUAUAAAAGAAGUGGGGAAUGGUUUAGAAAGAAUGUACCACAGUCCGAUUCUGGAACAUCACCACACACAAGUAUGCUUUUUAAUUCUUGCAGAUAUCAACUGCAAUGUGUUCUCUGAUUUAAAUGCUCAAGAUUACAAAUUGGUCCUCCGAUGUAUCCGGCAUGCCAUCAGAUCAACUGAAGUGAGUAGGUAUAAGAUGCAAAUGCACACGUUGCACCAACUUCUUAAUCCGAAUUUCGAUUUUGAGAAUCAGGAAGUGAAGAGUGCAGUGAUAUCCCUCAUGAUGAUGGCUUGUGAUUUAUGUGCAUCGUGGAAGCGUUGGCCAGAACACAAAAAUAUAGUUUGGAGUCUUUACAGAGAGUUUUUCAGACAGGGGGAUAAAGAGAUGCUUCUAGAUGUAGACUCGCCACCAGAGAUCGUGCGAAUGAAUGCUGAAAGCAUUCCGCAAUUCCAGCUUGCUUUCAUGAAAAAUAUAGUUCUACCCGUCUUUAAACUAGUUGAAGAAGUAUUUCCGAAUUGUAGAUCAAUACUUAAAGAAACUAUCAAAAACUAUAAUCUUUGGAAAACAUAUCAUACCAGUCGAUCUAUUAUGUAACAAUGGCGUUCUAACGAAAUCCAAACUAUAUAAGGGUUAACCAAAUGCAGUGAACACCCAAAUGAAAGGUGAACACUCUUGAUUCCAUCAGAAACACAACGGCAAGCCCAACACAACCUCCAUUAUUAUAAAUUAAGGAUAAAGAAAUGCCCCCGGCAUUUCCAAAUAACUGAUUAAACGAUUCGCGGGUGAGCAUUUAAAGAGAAUGCAAAAUUGUGCAUAAAUAGAUGCCCCCACAACUGAAAAGCGCGAUUUUUGAAGGUGAUCAUAAUGUAGACAUUUGUCGUCAAAUGUUUGCUGUUUAUGGCAAAAGCAUUGUCUAGAAUAAAUGGUUCUGAACAAAUUUUGUAAAAAAGUUUUCAUAAAGUAGUUAAUCAAUGUCGGAUCUGACAAGAUUCAAGGACAGCAAACAUCGUGAUCUCCAAUGAAUCAAUUGUUGCUCUUGUUGAUAAAUGAUAUGGGGUAAUAGAAAGGAAAUAAAACUAUUUUAUCUGUUGUGCUUA